UGGCGCACAUACGCAUAGCCUACACACAGCUGCGAAUGUACUGCCAUAGGACGUAGCGGAUCCAGACUAUUACCGCUACUAAGUAUUUACUUUGGGUUUAUUAGCAGCUGGUUGUUGAGUUAAGCAUGGACGACAAGACAUUUAACAAGGAAUUGGACGCCUGGAUUGAACAACUGAAUGAGUGUAAACAGCUAUCUGAAAAUCAGGUCAAAGUUCUCUGCGAAAAGGCAAAAGAAAUCCUCACGCAGGAGUCCAACGUGCAGGAGGUGAGAUGCCCAGUGACGGUGUGUGGAGAUGUCCAUGGACAGUUUCAUGACCUCAUGGAGCUUUUUAAGAUCGGAGGCAAAUCUCCAGAUACUAACUACCUCUUCAUGGGAGACUAUGUUGAUCGAGGCUAUUAUUCUGUGGAAACUGUUACACUAUUGGUUUCUCUUAAGGUUCGAUUUCGGGAACGAAUCACUAUUCUCAGAGGAAACCAUGAAAGCAGGCAGAUCACACAAGUGUAUGGAUUUUAUGAUGAGUGCUUAAGGAAAUAUGGCAAUGCCAAUGUUUGGAAAUAUUUCACAGAUCUAUUUGACUACUUGCCCCUUACUGCACUGGUAGACAACCAGAUUUUCUGUCUACACGGAGGCCUUUCUCCAUCAAUAGACACACUUGAGCACAUCAGAGCAUUGGAUCGCCUGCAGGAGGUUCCUCAUGAGGGACCCAUGUGUGACCUGUUAUGGUCAGAUCCUGAUGAUCGUGGUGGUUGGGGGAUUUCACCACGAGGUGCAGGCUACACUUUUGGACAGGACAUCUCUGAGACUUUUAACCAUGCAAAUGGGCUGACACUGGUAUCUAGAGCCCACCAGCUUGUAAUGGAGGGUUAUAACUGGUGCCAUGACCGUAAUGUUGUUACAAUUUUCAGCGCACCCAACUAUUGUUACCGCUGUGGGAACCAGGCUGCGAUCAUGGAACUUGAUGAUACACUGAAAUACUCCUUUCUACAGUUUGACCCGGCACCCCGCAGAGGAGAGCCUCACGUGACGCGAAGAACACCUGACUAUUUCUUGUAAGAAGUGGACAGCUUGGUGAGAGAUUCUGCAAUGCACUCUCAAAGAAGCAGCAUUUAUCCUCCCAUGGAACAGUGCAUUUGUGCCAUAUCAAGGAAACAAACAUGAUCACUUCAGUGUAAAUCUGUAUCUUGUCAACUUCUCUGUGCAUGAGGUCUUUGAUGCAACAGUCAACCACAAUUUUAAAGAAUCCUGCUGGUUUGUCGGGAAAAGUGUUUAACGACGUAACACAUUUUUGUUACCAAUGAUCAAAUACGAUUUCCAUAAUACGAUAUUGUAUAAUGAGCUAUUUUCAUGUGGCAUGGCUCCAGGAUCGCAAGCAUUUUUUAACUGUCUUUUUAUUUAUUUUUGGCAAGAUGAGAGGGCACCUGAUGUAUCUAAUAGCUACAGAUGCUGUUAUGGAUUACCUUUGCCCAGUUUAACCUUUUGUAAAAAAAAAACAAAAAAAAACUAAGCAUACAAAAAAAUCAAAACACAUAUUUGUUGCCAUUUAUGUUGCCUGAAACUGACUAGAUGUACCUGAAGUCAUAGCUUUCCUGGCCACUCAAACAAAUCAGAUAAUUUAAGGACAGUAACUCUCACCAAUGUUAUGGACAGCACUGAAGCAAACAAAUCUAUAAUAUUAUUUAUUUAUAUCUAAAGUAUGUAUGUGUUUUAUAUUGUGCACAAUGGACACAAAAUUGCUUUAUAGAUGGAAGCUUCUUCCUAAUUAAUUACUGCUGGGCCAAUAUGUAGUUGGCAAAUAUUUUAAAUGUAGCCUGUUUGAGCAUACACAAGCUCAGCUGCCAGAAAUUCAUAUAGUCUUACAUUUUUUCCCGCCCAUAUUACAGUAAACGCGUGAAAAAACCCUCCAACAAAGUUUCACUAAUUAUUAAUGAUUUAUAGCCUCUGUAUCAAGUUGGAAAAAAUGUAAGCGCAUUGACGGAUGUAGUGCUCAAGCUGCUGAUGAAAUAAAACUGUGUUAACACUUAAAACUA